CUAUAUCGAUCCUCGAUUAUGCAUGCGAUUCAGCAACAUUACUGGUCUGUCCGGGAGUACCUCAGUCCUGUGCUGAAGGAAAGCAAAUUCAAAGAGCAUGGUCGGAUUACUCCAGAAGAGUUUGUGGCUGCCGGCGAUUUUUUGGCAUACAAGUUCCCUGUGUGGAGUUGGGAGGGCGGCGACUCAUCGAAAGGGAAGGACUACCUUCCGAGCGACAAGCAGUACCUUGUUACGCGUGGCGUACCCUGUCUCCGUCGCGCCACUGCUUUAGCCUAUACCGAUGCUGAUGAAGACGCCGAACGCCUACUUUCUUUUGGCGACUCUUCUACUGGCGCAGACGAAUGGGUCGAGACACAUGCUGGCCGGAAGAUCAACACCGACGCAAAUAACCCUGGUAUGAUUGACGAUAUUCCUGACCUGGAUGGGGCACACGACGAUGACGGAGGAGUCACACAUGGAGUCGGGGCGCUUUCGCUGGGCAGUGGGGCGGCAGAUGUGACGCCUGAUAUUGACGAUAUUCCGGAUAUGGAGGAGGAAGGGCUAGAAGAGGAGGAUGAUGCCGCUGCUGCCCCACCAGCCGUCGAGUCAACCCAAAUCGAGGUGGCCAACGGCAAUCUGCUUCAAGUGCGAACUUACGAUGUCAUGAUCACUUACGACAAAUACUACCAAACUCCCCGUAUCUGGCUGAUUGGGUAUGAUGAGAACCGAACACCACUGACUCCGCCGCAAAUCUUCCAAGACGUUUCUGCAGACCAUGCAUUCAAGACCGUCACCAUCGAGCCCUUCCCACAUUCUUCGUCGUUACAGGCCGCAUCGGUUCACCCCUGCAAACACGCCAGCGUGAUGAAAAAGGUCAUCGAGCGAAUGAACAACAGUGUGGUCGAAGAGCAACUUGCCCAGCGCAACAAGUCAGCGGCCAAAGACAAGGACGGAGGCAAGAAGAAGUGGUUCGGACGCAAGACCAGCGGGAGUGGUAAAGACAUGGCUCCAACAGAGGAAGAGGAGGUCGAGGGAAUGCGAGUGGACUUUUACCUCAUCGUUUUCCUCAAGUUCAUCGCUUCAAUUGUGCCCACUAUUGAGGUCGAUUCAACCACCUCAAUGUGA